AGAGAGAGAGAGAGGUCUGUCAGUGAGUGAGCGAAACAACACAUGAGUUGAGGCAACAAAAACCGUGCAUUCAUUGCAUUGCAAACCAUUUCACUGUUUAUAUCAAUCGGUCUCUCAAUUCAAACCCAAUUUCGUUCAUUUCAUUGUGUUUUUAGACCCCAAUUGUCAUUACUAUUAAUAACUCAUUGUAUUUAUUACUCAAUCAAUAUCUCAGACCCUAUUGUCUACACAUUUAACGCCAAACCACUAAUUGUCCACAAAUUGUGAUACAAAACACAUAAAACACCAUUAAUUCUCAUUUAAUAGAUUUACUCGUGAAGAUGGGCUCCAAUUGCAGUAACAAAACGUCGGAUCCGUUGGACGUAAUGAAGGCCUUAAGACAACAGACGGACUACAAUCAGGGCGGAGGCGAUCACAACACGUUCUUCGUCUUCGGCGCUUCGGGAGAUUUGGCCAAAAAGAAAAUCUAUCCGACCUUAUGGGCUUUAUUCAGAGACCGACUGAUCCCCAAACAGACAGUGAUCAUCGGUUACGCGCGAACCAAACUGACUGUCGAUGAGUUGAAGACCAAUAUUUCGAAAUACAUUAAACUGAAAGACGACUCCGAGAAGGAAAAGUUCGAGAAAUUCAUCGCUAAAAACAGUUAUGUGAGCGGAGCUUAUGACGAGUCCGCCGCCUUCAACCACCUCAACGAAAGCGCUCAACAACUGGAACAGGGCUUCUCCAAAGUGAACCGUCUCUUCUAUCUGGCACUUCCACCCAAUGUCUUCGCGCCCGUCACUAAACACAUCAAAGCCGAGUGCAUGUCUCCCACCGGUUGGAAUCGUGUUAUUAUUGAGAAACCUUUUGGUCAUGAUUUCGAUUCUUCGGCUCAACUGUCGCGACACUUGGCCUCACUCUUCAAAGAGGAGGAGAUCUAUCGCAUUGACCACUAUUUGGGUAAAGAGAUGGUCCAGAAUCUGAUGAUUCUUCGUUUCGGGAAUCGGAUAUUCAAUCCGAUUUGGAAUCGCGAUAACAUCGCUUCCAUUCAAAUCACGUUCAAAGAGCCGUUUGGCACUCAGGGAAGGGGCGGCUAUUUUGACACGUUUGGCAUAAUUCGCGAUAUUAUGCAAAACCAUUUGUUGCAAAUCCUGUGUUUGGUUGCGAUGGAGAAACCCGUCUCUUCGCGAGCCGAAGACAUCAGAGAUGAAAAAGUCAAAGUAUUAAAAUGUAUGCAAACUCUAACACUCGAUGACAUCGUUUUGGGACAAUAUGUGGGCAAUAAGAAGGGCGAAGGAGACGCCAAAUACGGCUAUUUGGAUGACCCGACAGUUCCGGCCGGUUCCACAACUCCGACCUUUGCGUUGGGUUUGUGUCGCAUAAAUAACGAGCGCUGGGAUGGCGUUCCCUUCUUCAUGCGUUGCGGCAAAGCCACGAACGAGAGGAAAGCGGAGAUUCGCAUUCAAUUCCGUGAUGUGGCCGGAGAUAUAUUCAACGGUCAGUGCAAACGAAACGAACUCGUCAUUCGUGUCCAACCGGGAGAAGCCGUUUACGUGAAGUUCAUGACGAAAGCGCCCGGAAUGUCGUUCAAACUGGAAGAGACCGAACUCGACCUCACGUACACCAAUCGUUAUAAGGAGGCAAUACUUCCGGACGCAUACGAGCGGCUAAUAAUGGACGUGUUUGCGGGCUCUCCGGCCAACUUUGUCCGUUCAGACGAGUUGUCUGAAGCGUGGCGUAUAUUCACACCACUCUUACACAGUAUUGAGAGCCAAAAGGUGCCGCCACUGCCCUAUACGUACGGCUCGCGGGGACCCAAACAGGCCGAUGACUUCUGUAUCGCCCACGGAUUUAAGUUCUACGGCACGUAUAAGUGGCACAAUCCUAAUGGAAACGCCGUUCCCAAUGGGAAAUGA